AUGGUUGGCGCUGUGUUUAGCUCUGUUGCUUCAUCAUACGAUACCAUGAACGACCUCAUGUCAAUGGGCAUUCAUCGUCUAUGGAAAGACCACUUCGUUCGCUCUUUAAACCCCGGAUCUGCCCUUCCAUCCCGCGACAACGAUUCCGCCGGGCGAGGUUGGAACAUCCUCGACAUUGCAGGCGGUACGGGCGACAUCGCGUUCCGCAUGCUAGACCACGCUACAAACAUCAACCACGAUAACGAAACGAGGGUAACAAUCGCUGAUAUCAACGCCGAUAUGCUGGCGGAGGGCAAAAAGCGCAGCAUUCAGACUCCGUACUACAACUCGAAUCGGCUAUCGUUUAUGCAGGGUAAUGCGGAGCAUAUGCCCUCAAUACCGGAUAACUCCGUCGAUUUGUAUACUGUGGUUUUUGGCAUCCGGAACUUCACCGACAAGCAGGCAGCACUUGUGGAAGCACAUCGUGUGUUGAAACCGGGCGGUGUAUUCGCGUGCAUGGAAUUCAGCAAGGUGGACAACGCCUUGUUUAAUACGGUUUACAAGCAGUGGAGUUUCAGCGCCAUCCCCUUGAUCGGCCAGCUGGUGGCGGGAGACCGGGAGAGCUACCAAUAUCUUGUCGAGAGUAUUGAGCAGUUUCCCAGCCAGGAAGAAUUCCGGGGAAUGAUUCAGAAGGCUGGAUUCAUGAUCCCCGGCCGAGGCUUCGAGAACCUCACAGGGGGAAUUGCGGCUAUCCACAAGGGAAUUAAACCACUACCCCGGGCUUAA